GCACAGGCACUGCGCUGCGGCAGCGCGCCCCACUCGAAGCCGCAGCCAAGCCAACGGUGGAGGGCUGGAAGGUCACGGGCUCACGGGCUCGACCAACGGUCUCGAACGAACACCACCAGUCCACCACCAAAUAGCGCCGGAAGCACGCCCUGCCCUCCCUUCGUAGUGCGCUGCGCGGCCGCGGCAUUGCUCGACGCACCCGCGAGCGCAGGCCGCCGGGAGGCGUCGUCGCGCGGCACGAGCAGCGCAGGCGCGGGCGGAGCAAUGGCGGGAGGCUCGCGGCCGGGCGGCGAGGCGCCGCGCCAGCGGCAGCGGCAGCGCGCGCUCCUUGUCGCGCUGGUGGCGCUCUGCUCGCUCCUCACGCGGCCGCAGCCGUCGCGCGCGUUCUUCCUCGGCGGCGUGCGCAGCGGCGCGCAGCCCCGCGGCGGCCGCGAGCGCGAGGAGAAGGUGCCCGUGGCCGUGGUCGUCCCGGACCUCGCGCCGCGCCCGGCGCCGCUUGGCGUGGGCGGCCCCUCGCCCUCGGCGGCGCCGGCGCCGGCUCCGGUGCCCGGCUCGGACGGCGGCGACGAGGACGGCACGCCGAGGCUGCCGUCCGAGCGGCGUAGCCCGCGGGGCGCGCCCUCAUCGGGCGAACGCAGCGCGGCCGCGCAGGCGCCGGCCGGGGCGGCCAGCGCCAACUUCAUCAGCAGCAGCCCCGCCGUGCCGCUCCCCGCCGGCGUCACCGACUCCGCCACCGUCCUGCCCAUGCCCACCCCUGGGCACCAACGCCGGGUCGACGUGGGGAUGGGCGCCCUGCGACUCCAGGUCAGGGCGGUGCAGCUCGCCGUUCCUCUUCUCAUGAUGAUGCUGUCUUUCAGGGCUCUGUGGUGGUAGACUGAUAGUGGUUUUGCCUCUGUAAUCGCUAGUGCUUUCUCUCUGUAACCUGCUUUAAGAUUCCUAGAAUGCCAUCUAGUAAUUCUCAUCUGUAAACAAGAUCACCAUGCUUGCUAAUUUCUGAGUUCAUGACAUGCGUCGAUGA